CGUUCUUUACGCUUUUGCCCUGUUCAGUUCGGCGUCGUGCUCGCGCUCGAGUUUCAACGCAGUUGCCCCAGUUUGUUCCUUCGAUGGAUCUUCCUCCCGAUGUUGAUCCGGCUACGAUGGACCCUGCGUCUCGUGUCGCGUUCCUGGUGUGCCUGCGCAACCACCAUGAAAGUGGUUUAGCAUCGCUGAAUAGUUCUUUGUCGUCGAUCACGGAGGCUUUGACGUCGAUCAGCUCCGACGUUCAGUCUGCCCGACGAGAAGCUGAUUUCCUCGAGGAAAGGCUUCUUGCAAACAGCCUGGUCAUCGCUGCAGCGACAGCAGGAGAAACGACCAUGCCGCGGAGCGUCCAAGCGUACUUUCGGGGUGAACGAUGGUUUGAGGAGACGCUACCGAACCUGCCGGAGAGCCACUUCAAGCAGGCUUUCCGGGUGAUGCCGGCGACCUUUCGGUACAUCGUGGACGUUUGUCGGCCCCACAUGGAGCGCCAGGUCACCCCUAUGCGCCCCACUAUAUCGGUCGAGAAACGAGUUGGAGCUGCGCUCUACAAGCUGUGUUCCAGCGCGGAAGACAGGACCGUCGCCCACUUGUUCGGCCUGGGGCGGUCAACGGUCAACGAUAAUUACAAAGAGUUCUGCCACAUCGUCGUUUCCGAGCUGGAGCGCGACUGGCUCAAGGUGAUGACCGCCGCCGAACUCCCCGACCACGUCCGCGAGUUCCAGGCUGCCCUGGAAUUUCCGCAGGGCAUAGCCGCGCUGGACGGCUGCCACUUCCCCGUGUCGCCACCUAAGGUCAACGCCAGCGACUACUACAACUACAAGGGCUGGUAA